GGAUUUUUACAGAAUCGCCAGCUGAACGUAAUGUCAUUACAAUGUCACUACUGUCAAAUAUUUCAAAUAACCUUGUAGUAGUUUUUUAAAUGGAAAUAGGGUUAUUUUAGAGAUCGGCCAAAGUAAUGGUUAACAAGCUAUUAAUAUCCUUCUCUAAGUUUAUUUAUUUUCGCAAUGCUAAUUCAAGAUUUUUUUCCAGAGAUGCGAUAGGGUGUAUUCAGUCAAGAAGUGUAAAUACAAGCAGAAUAAUGUUUAGGUCUUCUGUAUUAAAUCUUCAAGAAGCGUCCAAAGAGAAAGUUCAAGAAUUUCUUGAUUCUUUUGAUACGGUUUUAACAGAUUGCGAUGGUGUGCUAUGGAUUGAAAAUAAUGCUAUUCCUGGUUCAGCAGACACUAUCAAUUAUUUCCGGAAAUUGGGCAAGAAGAUAUUUUAUGUAACAAAUAACUCUACCAAAAUACGAAGUGAUUUUGCUGCUAAAGCACAACAACUAGGUUUCAUUGCUAGUCCGGAAGAAAUUCUUUCAACUGCAUAUCUGGUUGCUCAUUACCUUAAAGGUAUUGGUUUUACAAAAAAGGUUUAUUUACUGGGCUCAAAUGGAAUUGGAGAAGAACUAAAGGCAGUUGGGAUUCAUCAUAUAGGUAUAGGACCUGACCCAGUCAAACCAGAUUUUAAAUCUAUGCCACCAUCUGCCUUGGAUCCUGAAGUUGGUGCUGUUGUUGUUGGCUUUGAUGAGCAUGUCAGCUAUCCAAAGUUCAUGAAAGCAGCCUCAUAUCUCUCUUCCGAAGAGUGCCUAUUUGUUGCAACAAACACAGAUGAGAGGUUCCCUAAGUCGGACUCGAUUGUUGUCCCUGGAACAGGUACACUGGUGAGAGCAGUUGAAACUUGUUCGGAAAGAAAAGCACUAGUGUUGGGAAAGCCACAUGAGUAUGUAAGAAAGUUUCUUGAGUCUUGUGGACUUAAUCCUGCUAGGACACUUAUGAUUGGUGAUAGAUGCAAUACGGACAUCGAGCUUGGCGUCCGUUGUGGAUUCCAGACUCUACUGGUCCUCACUGGUGUCACUUCUAAAAAUGACUUGGAGAAAAUACGCAACGAGAAAAAACCCCCAUUACCCGAUGUAGUCUUGCCCAAAUUAGGAGAUCUACUCUCUCUAGUACCCUCAUAGUGCAAUAUUAUUAAUGAUAUCAUUAUAGGAUCUACGAAAAUCAAUAGGUCAAUUCAAUAAUUGUGAUAAUUAUAAGUUGUUUAAUUAGUAGUUAAAUAGCAUUUUAAGAGAUCGUGUGGAAUGCUUGCAAUGCAAAGCUUGUUUGCCGAAACGGGUGAAAAUUAUUUGCACAAAUUGAUUAAUAAUUAAGUCUUUUGGAGGUGUAUGAAAUCGUAUUUGAAUACGUAAUGAGGAAGUUUUUUAAGAAAAAAAAUAAAGCACUACAAAGCACUUCACUAGAUGGCGACUCUACCAAAAAUUUAUUUUCGCAGGAAACAAUGGACCAA